GGAUUGGUAAGGCUGUUUCUCUCUUUCCUUGCAUGCCUGAGUUCUGAGGGAGAGCUGAGGAGCCGGUAACGUGUGGUGUGGGUAGCAGGGAGCCGGGCGUAGGCGGAAAGACCGAGAGAGGGAGCCGGAGGAGUCCAAUCACCGUCUAUAUUACAGAAGACACGAGCAGGCACCGCCAGUGUCCGGUCAUUGCCAUAUGCUGGCUCUGGACUGACCUUUGCCGGAAGUGCUAAAUCAAUACCAUGGUAAAGAAGAAAGCACGGAACCUCCCAACACCCGAGCCGGUGAUUACAGAACCUGCAUGUAAGCACAUCCGGAAGGCCUUGGAGGAAGGAGCAGUGAAGAAGGCUCUGGUGAAUGUGGACUGGACGCUAUGUCAGGACUGCCAAGCCGAGACCAAGGAGAAGACCAAUAAUGAGGAAGAGGAGCAAACGGAAGCACAAGUGAUCUGGCUGUGUCUGAAAUGUGGACAUAGGGGAUGUGGCAGAUAUUCAGAACAUCAGCAUGCGCUAAACCACUACAACACACCAAGAUCGGAGCCGCACUGCCUAGUGCUCAGCAUGGGCGACUGGAAUGCAUGGUGCUACCUUUGUGAUGACGAGGUUCAGUACAGCAGCUCCGGGCGCUUGCGGCAGUUGGUGGACUUUAUCCAAAAAAAGUCAAAGACGAAUGUGAAGAUUUCAAACACAGUUCAGACUGGCCAAGAUGAUCAUCGGCCUGAAAACCAGCAGGAGAAUGAAGAAUCUCAGGUGGUAGAAGAUCCCAACAGGGGUGCAAAGAGUACCAAUGCAGCCAACACACAGAAUGACAACAAGGAGGUCACUGUGAGAGGGCUCAGCAACCUGGGGAACACAUGCUUCUUCAAUGCGGUGAUGCAGAAUUUGUCUCAGACACCAACACUGCGGGAGCUUCUGAAUGAAGUCAAACAUCCAGGGAAAACUGUAACUGUCCAAGUGCCUGAUGAGUGCCAAUCUACACCACGAGAAGUGACCCUGGAGCAGCAACCUGGACCCCUUACCUUGGCAAUGUGGCAAUUCCUUACUGAGAUGCAGGAGACUAAGAAAGGGGUUGUGACCCCUAAAGAGCUUUUCUCUCAGGUCUGUAAAAAAGCCAUUCGAUUCAAGGGGUACCAGCAGCAAGACAGCCAGGAGCUUCUCCGCUACCUUUUAGAUGGGAUGAGAGGAGAGGAGAUACAGAGGGUAACUUCAGCAAUUUCCAAGACAUUACAGGCUGCAUCAGAGAAGAUUGAGGAUGAGCAAGUUAAAAAGAUUGUCAGAGACUGUGAAAAAAGAAGAGCUAUCCCCAACUUUGUUGACUGCUUAUUUGGAGGAGAGCUGACAAGCACAAUAAUGUGUGAGACCUGCCACACGGUAUCUUUAGUUCAUGAGCCUUUUCUCGAUCUUUCACUUCCUGUCCUGGAUGACUCGCCUGCCAAAAAAAAUACUGCAAAAUCGGCAAAAGUGGUCUGUGAAAAAAAGAAUGAAGAAGAAAGCGAUGAUGACAGUUAUGUAAAAGAUAGGAAUGAUCAGCCUUCAGGGCCAAGUAAACACCUUCAGAAGAAAGCAAAAAAACAAGCCAAAAAACAAGCCAAGACUCAGCGGCGACAGCAGAAGAUAAAUGAUAAGACCGUGCUGCUGAUUGAUCCGAAUGUGAGUAAUAAUGAGGAUGAAGACUUUAUCCCUGACAAUAACAAUGUGCUGGAUAAUAACUGUGAGCAGCAAGAGGAUACCUCAACCAAUGGACUGUCUUCUGGUAUAACCAGUGAGGUAGAUAUGGAAAAGAAAGAAGAAGAUUUAGGACAUUUGGAAAACAAAGAAGCAUGCCAAAUGAACAUGGAAAAUAAUGCUGAGGCCGGCUCUAAAAUUCUGGAAAACCAAAAUAAUUCUGUGACAGAACAGGAAAUUAGUCAUGAUCUGAAUCGGAGAAGCCCACAUAAUUCUGAGCCUAGUCUGGAAAGUGAGGGUCAGCCCAGCAACAAAGUGACUGUGGUUCUGGAAAACGGAGACGUCAGUCAGGCUAACAUGGAUAGUGAUGAGGUGCAAGAGGAGAGGUCUGAGAGUCCUGAGACAGAACAGGAUUCAGUGGACGAGCAGCUAACAGAAAACCUAAAUCGGCUUAAUUUGAGUUCAGAUCUAGAAAGGCUAAAUCUGAGCUCAGAUGUUGAACUUAAUGACAUUGAGAUUCAAAUUAUAGAGGAAGUGCCCACCCCACAGAUCUAUGAAGUGGUGAAUGAAGACCCCAGAACUGCCUUUUGCACCCUCGCAGACCGCAAGGAGCUUCAGCUGGAUGAGUGGUCAGUCCUCAGUUGUCUCUAUCAGUUUACCCGCAAGGAGGACCUGGUGGGGAACAACCAACUACUGUGUAAUACGUGUACACAGAGACAGGCCAAGACAAUAAAACACCACAAUAAAGAGAAGAAGUUUGUUUACACCAACGCCAAGAAACAAAUGUUGGUUUCGGCUCCACCUCCUAUCCUGACCCUCCAUUUAAAGAGAUUUCAGCAGAAUGGUUUCAAUCUUCACAAGAUUAACAAACACAUCAAGUUCUCGGAAGUCAUUGACCUGGCUCCCUUCAGUACAGUAAAAUGCAAGAAUAUCUCUGACGGAGAGGACAGACUUCUGUACUCCUUGUAUGGAGUGAUUGAACACAGCGGGACCAUGCGUUCUGGACACUACACUGCCUAUGUAAAAUCGCGAACCCCAAACCCUCAUCUGUGCGACCUUGUACUUCGGGGAGAACUUCCUGAAGUGCCGAUUAAAGAGCCUACAAAGGGUCAUUGGUUCCACAUCAGCGACAGCCACGUACAAGCGGUACCACUAAACAAAGUGCUGACCUCACAGGCCUACCUCCUGUUUUAUGAGAGGAUACUGUAACACAUGCAGAUGGAUCUGCUAAAAUCUCUAUUGCCAAGGAAUAUUUAUUGUAUAAGUGCACCUGUCAUUUAAAACUGAACAGGAAUAAGACAGGGAAUGGCAGAGACACCAUGCUUUGUCUGUCGAAGUGACAGGGAGAAACCCGAAGGAUAAAGUAAAGUUGAACAGGUGACUCAUCUCCUUUUCACUCUUUUUUACACCCAGCCUCAGCACACUGUUACGAUUGUAUACAACAGGGUAGAUUUAGGACUUUAAAAAAAUAAAGGGAGUGUCUGAGCAAAAAAAUA